CUCGUCAAGUCCGCGGAUCAUCAACGUCACCUACUGCGCCUUCCGAACGCACUACUCGAGGCUCGGAAGUCAACUACCACCGCUGGAAACCAAUAAUCAAUCUUUGAAUAUUAAUUUAAAAAAGGAAACGGUCGAAACUGGAGAUGCGACACACACAAGGGCAUCUUGUCCAGCUGGCUCUACUAUUGGCUGCAGUGGUGGUCUCUGCUGAGGGGUCCGAUCCUGCACUUAGCCUGUCCAGUGAGAGGUCCUCGAUUGAGCGGACUUAUGAGCUUACCAAAUACCUGGAGCAUCAGCUAAGAGAGAUUAAGAACACUUACCUCUCCUAUCUGGGCCCCCCCUUCAGUGACCCGGACUUCUCCCCACCGCGGCCCAACACCACGGCACUGUCCCUGCCCAGCGCAGCCACACGGUUGGACCUGUGGCGGGGCCUGGAGAACCGGGCGCGGCUGGCGCAGAACCACCGGGCGUACAGCGUGCUCCUGGGGGCGGUGCGGGAGCUGGCCAGGGCCACGCUGUGCCCCUACCUCCAGAGCUCCCUGCUACACUUCUCCACAGGCCUGGACGGCCUCCUGGGAUCCAUCUCCGGCCUUAUGACCACGCUGGGCUACUCCCUCCCCCUGCAGUACUACAGCCUGCCUACUGGGGGUGCUGUACAGAUGGGGGCAGGGACAAUUGAGGGGAGUACCAGGAGAGAAAGGGAGGGGCAGAGCGCCCAAGAGGAGGGAGAGAGGGAGAGGGAGAGAGACAGGAACCCCCGCAGGGACCUAGCCAAAGAAGCUGCCAGGCUAAGCAGAGAGGAGAGAGGGAGGAGAGAAAAGCAACAGAGGUGGGAGGGACAGGCAAACCCCAUGGAGGAGGGGGAAAGAGAGACUGUGGAGCAAGAGGAGCUGGAAGAAGAGGGAGAGAUGGAGGGGUGGGGUGGCACGAGAAGGCUGUUGAGUCUGAGGGAGGAGGUAGAAACAAACAGCAAGAGAGGCAUGGCAGAAUUUGGUGAAGUUUACCCAGGAUCAGACAUUCACCUGUAUGGCUCUGUCCGGCAUACUCUAUCUGAAGUGCCCAGGGCAGGACUGCAGGAGGCAGAGCUACAGGGCCCAGAGCCAAUCAGAGUCAACCUGACGCGGCUGCUCAUGGACGAGAUCCUGCAGAAUUUCUUUAGCAACAGCAACAACAAAGGCAGCAACAAUGUUGCCAAUGGCAACCACCUUGUGAGUAGGGAAAAUGCCCAGGAUGAUGAGCCACGUCCAGGAUGGGAGAGCCACACCCAGGACAAGCUGGAGCUCAUCAGAGGGAAGGAAGGAGAUAGGGAAAGAGAGGAUUUUCCCACCUUCACUUCUCCCCCAUCCCUCCAUCCCCGCCAUUCCCGCUCACUGCCUUCCUCGCUCUAUACCUCCACCCUUCAUCCUCCACUUUCUCCCCUUUCCCUCUUCUACCAGUUUGGUGCCAGGGAGGGCCAUACUCACCUGUCUGACCUGGCCCCUGGGGGAGGAGCUCUCUCUCCCCCUGCCCCCCUUCUCUCCUCCCUCUCCAGCACCCCCCUGCUCCACCCACCCUCCCUCAAUGACUUCUCCCGAAAGGUGGAGAGCUUCUGGGUUCUGAGAGAACUACAGAGUUGGCUUUGGAGGUCGGCCAAGGAUUUCAACCGCCUGAAAAAGAAACUGAGAAGUUGAGAAAACCGCUAAUGCACUAAUGCUCACUGCACUGAGGGAGGAAUGGUUGGAGAGAGAGGGUGAGGAAGGGACGGGUGGAUAGAGACAGAUGGAGAGAUGCAAGGAAAAGGAAUCAGGUGCAGAGUAAGCAACCUCUGGACACUUCAGUACAUUAAUACUGCACUGAGAGAGACAGUUAAUAUGGUAUAUACGCAGUGACUGCACACUACAGUACAUUAAUACUAUACUGAUAGAAAGUGAAACACACUCAGUGCACACUACAGUACCUUAACACUGCACUGAGAGAGGUUUAAUACAGUAUAUACACUACUCACUAAUAUAUAAACUACACCUGCACUGAAGGUCAGGGGAACGGGUUUAAUUUAAAAAAUGGUACAGUGUAGAUAAGCCCAGGCAAGAUAGUUUGUGUGUGUGUGUGUGUGUGUGAAAGAGAGAGAGAGAGAGAGAGAGAGAGAGAGAGAGAGAGAGAAGGAGAGAACAGGGGUUAUUGCAUCAUAGGAGGGAACUGCAUAACUGGACUUUCCUGUUCAUUUAAGUGGGUACUUAAUACAAGAGCAGACAGAAACACAUGCAGAGUGAGAGAUAGAGAGAGAUGUAGAAAGAGAGGAAGAGAAAGAGUGUGUGUGUCUAUAACAAUGCAUACACACUGAUUCAGAUGUUUGGACAAGAGGGGAGAGACUGUGAGGAGACAGACUGCGGGAGAGGUUAUCCCAGUGUACUGAACACGCAUUUCACCUUUUCUCAUUCUCUCUUCCCCCCACUUCUCUUCCCAUCCUCUCCUCCAUUUACUUAAAAAACUGUUCUUUAAAAAAAGGUUUUCUUAUUGUUUUCUCCAGUUAUCUCAAUUUAUUCUUUUUUAUUUUUCAUCCAUUUUGUCUGUACUGUAAAGCAUGCCAGUGUUUCUCGCAAUUUAAUGGUUUGGUCAUACAGCAGACCCAGGUCAAGUACUUAUCUGAAAUACUUUUAUCUUUUUGUAUGCCUGUAAAAUUUGUUGCAGACUCCUGAUCAUUUUAAGCAGCUAUUGUUGUAGAUCAAAUGUCUUCUCAAUAUUGAUGAAAUUGUUUCGUUUAAAAUUGCCAGUAAAAGCUCUAAAGGGUCUAAGUAUUAGAGAUUAAGUAUUUGUCCCAAGCCUGGUUGUCACAUACUGUCAACUUCAAAAACAACUAAGAUGACAUGGCACAACAUUAUGGUGUGUUUUGUGGUGUACAGUUACUUACAGUUUUGCAUUCCCAUGGUAACUAUAAAGCCUAACUAUUUGGUUUUAGGGGCUCCCCGGUUGGACACGGGUACAUAAUUACACGCCAUCAUUGUGAUUUACCACAGCUUAUUCUUUCACAAUUUAUUGCCCCAUUUAAUCUAAGGUCACUGCACUAUGUCUAUAACAAGGCAGGUGUUCUUGUCUCCUUUCUUAACACAGUGCCGUGAGUCCAGCAGUGAUUAAAGAAAGAUUUUGUGUAAAAAAUAACUUAAAUUAGUUACGCAACUUCUCUAAUUCAAGGUCAGUCCACGGUACAGUUGGACUGAAUAGGCAUUUGUGUGACUGUGCCAAAAAAAAAGUUAUUAUUUGGGCCAAUAAAACUAUCUUGAUACUAAAUGUUUUUUAUUACAAAACUAGUGUACACAUAUGCACAGCAGAGUUGUGAAUCAUGUAUUGUUCUGUGUAAGAACUGUGUCUAUGUGUGUGUGUCUUCAUGGUGCUUUUUCAUCAUAAAUAUGGAUUCUAUCUGUAAUAUUUAUUGAAUAAUAUUAUUUAUUUAUCAAUAUGAGGACUAUACUGUGGUUAAAACAAUUAAGCAUUUCUAAUUAAAAUAAAUGAAGCUUU